UAUAAUAUGGAUGAGUUCUCUUCUGCUUCGGCUUCUAUCUCUAUAACUGUAAAUAAUGUCCGUCAAGAACUUAAUCGCCUCUCUCUCCUCGACUCUGGAAUAACAGAUGAUGAAUUUGGUAACUUAUUGGCUUAUAUCACCAACAAUCCUAAUAAAGUACCUGAUAUAGAAGAAUCCCUCAAAUACGGCAACGAUAACGUUAAGAUAACAUAUUUGAGGAAGUUAUUAGAGCAUCCUAUAAAGAAACGUCGAAUAGAACAGGGCUGGAAGUCAUACACCGCCUCUGAUGGCCACUCCGUAGAAUUGCCAUCCCAAAUAAUUGACAUGCUUGAAAGUAACAAAUUCGUACCUGAUCUGCGCAUUAAUUUUAAAACUGCCUUCCGGAACCUUCAUGUUGGCCAAUCAAUUACCCUAUCACAUCUUGGCCAGGAACCUAAACACUUCGCUGAAGGUUAUCAAGGAAGGACAUUGCUUGUUACUGGGCAGAUGAUUGACAUAUGGGACAAGCUUUCAGCAGAUAGUAACCAUUCAAUCAAGCGUGUUCUUUCAGGCCCAAUGGGCGUGGGCAAAUCAUAUAUUUCCUACUUCCUUGCAUCUAAAGCUUAUGCUGAGGAAUGGCCGGUGCUCUACAUCGCAGAUGCAUCUGAUCUUAAUGUAGAAUCAUCAGAGACAGCAGGAGCGGUGAUUUGCGAAUACUUCCUGGCACUUAAUAAAGAUAUUUUGACUGCCGCCGAGCUUAAGAAGAUUGUGCAAUUUGCUAGUGAUCGUAAUCCUCAACAGGUUAUGGUUACCGUCGCUGAAGGAAUUCUAGGCUUAAUCAAAUUAGCAGAUCGCAAAGCUCUAUUAAUUGUUGACGAACAUGGUAUAUUAUUUGAAAAAGAUCCAGUACCUUUAAGAAUUCACUUGUUAAGUCCCCUGAUGAACCUUAAUUUUUGGGGAGAACAUUACAAAUUUGCACGUGUAAUCUUUACGGGGACUGCACAUGCUAGAUAUGAGAGGGAAUACAUGAAAAAUGGUCAAUAUGAGUUUUGGGUGAUCUAUGUUGGUCCACUACAGAGCAAUGUAUUUGAUAUUUUGUUACAGUUGCACCCCGUUCUGAGGAUACAAGGCAUCAAAGAAGAAGCAAAAAAGGUUACGAAUUGUGUGCCACGUGAACUCAUAUACCUAGUUGAACAUAUCAAAAAACUCAAUAUCACUAUUACCAAUGUAAACUGCUUUCAACAAGUAUUAAAAAAAUUUGAGAUUGAAUGGGUCGACAAGAUUCUGGCUAUUGCUCAAAAAUAUUAUAAUGAUCUCCCGAAAACUGAAAAAACUCGCUACUAUGAUGCUCUCACAAGCAUGUUUCUUCCCAGUAAACCCGUUGUGCAGUUUGAAUGGAGGUUCUUAGAUCUUGGGUUAAUUUAUCGGUACAAGGAAGGGAUUACUCAUUACCUCCCUCUAUGCCCAUCUGCUCAGAAAGCCUUAUUAAAAAUGUACAUGUCAUUUGACCUACCUGAAAAUAUAAAAAAUCAACUCCGUGUAGGAAGUCUAACUGGAGAGCAAUUUGAGGAAGCCUUAUUCAAUCGACUUGUAUGCAAAUGUAACACAACAAUACAACUCAAGACAACGGAUCUCAAUAAUAAUAAUAGUAAUGUUAUUACACUUCAGUUUAAUGACUAUGAUUUGAUUAAAAAUUCCCAAUUAUCCCUUGGACCUGGUAACGAUAAAGUCUUAGGUCGUGGCUUUGAUAGGUACCCCCGAUUUGAUUACAUGCUCGGACCUAUAUUUAUACAGGUAUCUAUCAGUGAUUUUACUUCACACAACAGCAAACCAUCAACAAACAUCAGGCAAGCAUUUGAACCAAUGUCUGCACAAGCUGGUAUCUCUUUAGUGCAAAUUAAUGGAAGAAAUCAGAUCGAGAUGUAUUUGGAUGAGAUGUAUGGUACUGGUCAUUCUGCUAAAAUAGAUUCACAAAAUAAGUUUGUUGUUACCAGAAAUGGCAAGCGCGUGCCUGGAUUUCGUAUUGUCUAUAUUCGAGGUAGUCCCGGCACUCCCAAUCACUCUGGAAAAGUUCGUGAAUUUCCCGACGUAGCGCAUGUUACCUUUGAGGAGAUCAGAAGUCAGCUUUUCCCAAAUAUAGUAUAA